AUGCCUUCAAAAAAGAUGAUGGGCCCACAAGGGGGAACAUUAUUGUUUGCGGAGAUCUUUAGAUCGUCAUUAGCCGGGGCGAACGUCGCGGAAGGCUAUCCGAGGGUCCAGAUGACGUUGGCUAAUCUAGACCAAUUAAGGGUAACAAUUCAUGAUGAGAUUGGGGGGGACGAAGUUGGACCCUAUCCUCAUAUCGGAGAGGUUCGCCUCACUAGGGGAGCGAUCCUAGUAGAGUGCCUGGACUCAGAAUCAAGGGAAUGGCUAAAUAGCCGUAUACCUAGGUUCAGUCAGGCGUUAGGGGGUCUUGCCAUCAAGGUGGUUGAUCCGGCUGAGCUGAUAAAGCUGAUUAAUUUGCAUCAUUGUAAGGGCGCUUCGGCGAUUUUUGCCAAGAGCUUUACAAAGAUGCAGACAGCUUUAGCCUUUAUUCAAGAACCUUGGGUUUUCAAGGGGAGAAUUAGAGGUCUGAACGGCUGUGGGGAGCUGGUUAGAUUACCACAGGAACCAGUUCCAAGGGCGUGUCUUAUCUAUAAGGGUCUAGACGCUUUCCCUCUUUUGGAAUUAACUACUAGGGACUUAGCUGUAGUUAAAGCUAAGCAUCUGGAAAAGAACGGAAAUAAAAGGGAGGUGGUAAUAGCGUCCGCUUACUUUCCGGGAACAGGGGAUGAACCUGCACCACCAAGAGAGGUGGAGAGCACAGACAUUAAUGACAGAGGCAGAAGACUUUUAGAUUUUCUGCUAGAUACAGAUUUAGAUAUUUUAAAUCAGGGUAAUGAGCCGACUUUCGUUACUGUUAACAGAAAAGAGGUGUUGGAUAUUACGAUCUGUUCCAAGUCUUUGUGUGAUGGCGUGAGGGACUGGAGUGUGUCUGAUGAAGAUUCUCUUUUGGACCACAGGCUUAUUACGUUUAGAUUGGAAUCGAAGGAUCGGGAACAAGAGUGGGGACGUAAUCCUAGGAGUACCGACUGGGCUUCAUAUAGUGAAGACCUCAAGGCCUCCAUGGCAUGCUUCCCCACUUCUUAUGGAACAAGGGAGGAGUUAGAGCUUGCAGCGGAAUAUCUGCGAGAUUCUAUUAUCUGUUCCUUUGAAAGGAUCUGUGUAGUUAAGAAAAUAGGCUUCAAUGGGGGUGGGAAAUGGUGGACCCCCCGUUUGGAGGAACGUAGGAAAACUGUAAGAAAGCUUUUUAAUAAAGCCAAGAAACGUAGGCAUCAGCGAGCAUGGGAUGAAUAUCAUACCGCUCGCGAUUCUUACAACAAAGAAGUAGAGAGGGCAAGGGGUGUCAGCUGGAGAAGAUUUUGCGAGGGAAUCGAGAGGGUACCAGAAGCUUCAAGACUUUAUAAAGUACUAGCUCGAGACCCAAUGGCAAAAUUAACUACUAUUAAGCUGCCUAAUAGGCAGUAUGCCCAGGAUAAAAGGGAGUGUCUAAAGCACCUGAUAAAAGUAAACUUCCCGGACUUUAGAGAAGGUUUGGAGAACAGCCAUGGCAUAGGACGAGGUAGGAACCGAGGAUAUCGGGAACACUAG